AUGUCUCUGAAACGUAUCAGCACUGGAAAAGACUCAUCGAAAAGUGAGUCAUAUAGAACCCGGCUUGAAUCUUUGCGCCAAGAAGCCCAACAGCUGAAAUCUCAGGUUUAUUUGGACUCUCAAGAGCAGAAAAAUCUGAAUUUUCAUAGUGAUAUUGCGAGACUUCAAGACCAAGCUGACAGCUAUGUCAGAAAAAUUGAACGGGAAAGGUUCAAAGUGGCCCAGCUGCAGGACGAAAUCGCAGCUAUGAACGAAAACAUCAAAAACCAGCGAAAAACCCUCUCAAAAAGCCAGAUUUCCCAAAAAGAAGCCAAUGAGCAGAUGAACCGAAAAAUAAAAGCACUAGAAAAUAACAUAGACAAAGGUCUUCAAAAAUACAACGAAAUUUUAGCCCAAAAUAAGUCAAUAAUCGACAAAAUUGACGCUUUAAGGAGAGAAAGGGUCAUUUACAUCCAAAUGAGCAAGGCGUUAGAAGAAGAGCUUGAAAAAAGAAAAGAAGAAAUGAAAGACAUUGUAGACAAAGGCGCACAGGCUAUAAAAGAUAGAGAAGAAAUCAGGAAAAAAAUCGCAGAAAUUAAGCAAGAAGCUGAAAAAGAACAGGAAGAGUUCGAAAAUGAAUGGAGGACGCUAGAAAAACUGAUAGAAAAAGACAAAAAGAGCAAAGAAUUUAUCACUGAAAAUGAAAGAAAUUUAAUUGGCUUAGAAGAAGAAAAUACAGCAGAUUUGGAGGUCCAGAUUGAGAUGCAGACUAAAAAAGAAAAAGAUAUGAUACAGCAGCAGAGGGAGAAAAUGCAAAAAUAUGAAGAAGAACUGCAGAAUUUGAGGGAAUCGACAGGGAUUUCAAGUCUUGAAGAUGUCGUCAAGGUAUAUCUUGACGCAGAAAUGCAAAAUUUAAGUCUUUUUAACCACGUGACAGAGCUGAGUGCUGAGAUGGAGCAGCUUGAUCUACAAAUCGCAGAAAUUAAAGGUAAUGUCGAAAAAUGCAAAACACAUGACACAAAAGCGGACCAGGACAGGAGAACUACCAUUAAAGAACUUGAGCUUAAAGUCGAAAAAAUUACUUUAAGAGAAGAAGAAUUCGAAAAAGGAUAUGAAAGGACUAUGAAAACUAUGAAUUCUCUUGUAGAAGGGGUGAGAGUGCUAUGCAACAAGCUUGGUAUGACUGAGCAAGAAAUAGAACAGAGAGAUGAGGUGGAAGGGCUUAAUGAGAGAAAUAUGAUCCAUUAUUUUUCUGCUGCUGAGGCCAAAAUAAACCAACUUAUUUUGGAUAGAGAAAAAUCAGGAAACGCAAAGGCAAAUUCUGAGUCGUUAAAGAAAAUUGAAGUAGAAGCUCCAGCGGUGCUAGAGCUGAUUGAGGAAGAUGAGUUUGCCCAGCCUAUGACAACUGAUGAAAUCAGGUAAACACAAAUACAAUGUGGAGAAUCAAUUGGCACUCUUAAGACCUGUAGACCUUGUGGAAGGGAAGCAGCGUGCGGUGAGUGUGUCUGCUAGGUUUUUCUGGUUUGGUGGAGCAGCAAUGUCGGGUUGAAAGACCCAGAGCACGACUAGGAUCAGUUUUCCCUUGUGGGUAGAUGGAGCCUGGGAGUUGGAAAGCUAUAGCCCAUAAAGCCAGAUGUGGUUGCUUGGCAAACCUGGCAUUUCCCCAGCGCAAUACUUUUUCUGCGUCCUGGGCUACAAGUUUAAUCUGAAUUUUCAGAAAUUUAACACUGUUGACAAACAGCAGGUAGCCCAGCAUCCUUAUUCUUAGGUUGCGUGUGUAAGCCCUCAUCAGAGAGGAGUAAAGUAUAUAAAAGGCCGUAUACUUACUAACUAGCAAGCAGGCUGCGGAGUGAAACAAGGGGUGUAAAAAAACCAUUUUAGCUAGCGGGGCUACUCUAUAAUAAUCUAAUUUAAGUUAAGAUGAAAUCAGGUACAAAUCUCUUAAAAGAUUAAAUGAUGAAGGCGAUAAAAGGCUGAGAAGAAAAUAA